GCUUAUAUAAAGUAUUGACUACACAAGUAAGAUGGCGGCCGAGAAAUUAGUUCGCGAUGUCGCUGAUGUUUACAUUAAGUUAUUUAACCAUCGCGGUCCGAUUCAGAGGGAAGUUAACUUUUACGUUCAAGAAUUUGAAUCAAAACGUAAAGACAGAGAACAUUCUCGUUUAAAUCAAGCUAAUGUUCAUUCUUGUCACAUCGAAAGCUUGCUUCCUGAUGUGGAAGAUUUGUCAAGAGAACAUGUUCAAUGUGUUGUCGACCGAACAAAAGACGCAGUAAAGAAAGUAAAUGCAAUAUUAGCAAGUAAACUACCUGAAGAAAACAUAGAGAGAGUUGAAGAAAGACGUACAAGAAUGGAAAAAGAAUGGAAAUUGUUUGAAGAAAAGACAAAAACUGCCCUUGAUAAGAUUGAACGUGAUCAUAAUGAAAGAAUGAAACAACUAGAAGCGAACAUUAAGCGCUUAGAUAACGAAAUUAAUUCCAAGUGAAAUGUCACGAUAGAACGUGUUUAUGUACAAUGAUACAGAUAAAUGUUAUUUAUGUGUGACCGUGUGAGUACUUAGGUUUGAAUCAUUAGAGACCUUUAUAUAAACUGUCUUGGAAAUGACUCUAUUAUAUAGGGUGCAAAAUAUCAGGUAGAAACAUGAGUGAAGAAUAUGAUUUCAUUUGGAAAUUGAAGAAAAGAAAUUAUUAUACUUUCAUUUUGAUUUA